AUGAAUUCAAAAAUAUCGAUUGAUUAUGAUAAAAAAUGGAAGGCUAACAGUGAGCCACGUGGUUUUCCAACAAAACAUUUUAUAAAAGACGUUAACGAUGUAUGUCAUGAUCAUUUUCGCAUUGAUAAAGAACAAUCAAUGCUUGCUGAUUGUCAACGAUUACUAGAAAAAAAUGAACCAUUAGAUAAACCAGAUAAAUAUGGAAUUACUCUUUUACAUAUAGCUGCUGCUAAAGCAUAUACAAGUGUAGUUCGGUUUCUAUUACAACAUCGUGUCAACGUAGAUCAAAUUGACGACACCGGCGCUACAGCAUUACAUCUUUGUGCUAAACAUGAGCAAGGGUUGAUUGUCAAACUUUUAAUUGACGCUCGCGCUAAUCCAACAAUUCGUGAUCGUUUUGGUCGUAAGCCAAGUGAAGUAUGUGCAUCAAAUAGUUUUAUUCGUGCUGUACUUCUUAAAGCUGAAAUUAAAUUCGAAGAAAAACGUAAACGUGCUGAACAAAGUGAUGAUAGUUUAGAAGAAGAACAUGAGGAAACUUCUGAAAGUAUAUCAGAUGAUGAUAUUCAUGAUGAUGCCGAUGGUUUUCAAGAUUUAUUCAAUCCAAUACCACAAAAAAAACAAAGUAUGAGUUCUCAAAUAACGGAUGACGAUGAUGUUUCAAAAAUGCUGGAUAUAUUUGAGGAAAGUUUCAGUGAUGAAAAAUCACUUCCAGCAAAAUUACCAAAUGAUGAUUUGGCAUUAUUUCCUGAAAUUUCUGAACAAAGUGUACUGUAUGAUUUGGAAAUGCGUUACCAACAAGGACAGAUCUAUACGUACAUCGGAGAUAUUCUUAUUGCUUUAAAUCCUUUCGAUCUUUUACCAAUCUAUAGUCGAAAGAUAUCGGAACUUUAUAAAAAUACUCAAUCAAUUGUUUCAUUACCACCACAUAUUUAUGGAUAUGCUGAACGUUUAUAUCGAAAUAUGAUUAGGGAAAAAACGUCACAAUGUGUUGUUAUAUCUGGUUUAUCUGGUAGUGGAAAAACUGAAUCAUGUAAAUAUAUUGUUCAACAUAUUCUUAGUCGUUCGCUAUCUGUUGAAACAGCACUUAAUAUGAAAAUAAAUCAGGUUAACCCACUUAUGGAAGCAUUCGGUAAUGCUAAGACAUAUAUUAACACUAAUUCAAGUCGUUUUGGCAAAUAUCUUGAAAUUCUUUUUUCACCAUCGGGAAAUGUUCUUGGAGCACAAUUAAAAGAAUAUUUACUCGAAAAAUCACGUGUUAUAUCACAUAAUAAUGAUGAAGGAAAUUUUCAUAUAUUUUAUUAUUUAUUUGCUGGUUUAUCACAUGAUACAUUAGUUCGAAACGGUUUAAGAACACCCAGUGAACAUCGAUAUAUGUCACAUAAUACUGAAUUAGCUCAAUUAGAUGGUGCAAGACAAGUUGAAUAUCGAAAGAAAUUUCAAAUGGUUAAACAAGGUUUAAUAUCAAUUGGCUUUUCUAUGGAUGAUGUUCAAUCGAUAUUUACAAUUUUAUCAGCUAUAUUACAUAUUGGUGAUAUUACUUUUAUUCCACAUGGUGCAAACGAUGGUGUACGAGUAAAAAAUGCUAGUGCAGUUGAUAAAAUUGCUGAACUUCUUCAAGUAUCUUCAAUAGAAUUUAGUUCAGCUUUAGUUACUGAAUUACAAGUAACACGUGGUGAACAAAUAUUUCGUGAAAGAAAUUUUAUGCAAGCAUCCGAAUGUCGUGAUGCUUUUGCUAAAGCACUUUAUGGAAGAUUAUUUAGUUGGAUUGUUAAUGGAAUCAAUUCAUAUUUACAACCAAUACAAGAAGAAAGUGAUUCCACACAAUCAAUUUCAAUACUUGAUAUAUUUGGUUUCGAAAAUUUUAAAUCCAAUAGUUUUGAACAGUUAUGUAUAAAUUUAACUAAUGAACAUAUGCAACGUUUUUUAAAUCAACAUAUUUAUGAUUUGGAAAAUUAUGAUUGUCAACAAGAAGGUAUUGAUACAGUUGAUAUUAAUUAUACCGAUAAUCAUCUUGUCAUUGAAACAUUUUUAAAUAAACAUUCGGGUAUAUUGGCUAUUCUUGAUGAAGAAAGUCGUUUUCCACAAGCAACAGAUCAAACUUUAGCGACUAAACUUCAUCAUGGACCUGGAGUACAAUUUCCAAGUAUAUAUGCAGUACCAAAAGAUGGUGGAACUUCAUUUACUGUACGCCAUUACGCAGCACCCGUUGUUUAUAAUAUUGUUGGUUUACUUGAAAAAAAUCGAGAUUUUCUUCCGAAUUCAAUUGUUUUUGUUGCUCGAACAAGCAAUAAUUUUAUAAUUCAAGAAUUAUUUCGUUUAAAUUUAAAUGAAAAAGGUGUUUUACCAUCAUCACCACAAUUACAUCAUCAUCCAAAUACAUUUCAUGUUAAUCGAGAUUUUAAACGAAAUGAAGUAUUAUUAAAUCAUAAUGGAAGACAAUUUUCACCGAUGCAACAACCAACAAGAACAUUACCGGAAAAAUCCAAUGGCAAUACAUUUGAACGAACAGGUGGAACAGCUAUGCGAACAGUAGCUUUUCAUUUUAAGCAUUCAUUAACAGAAUUAAUUGAUAAAAUGAAUGUUUGUCAAUGUCAUUUUGUACGAUGUAUUAAACCAAAUGAAAGUCGUGAUAAAUCAACAUCUUUAACUGUUCCUUGCGUUACACGUCAAUUACGUUAUUCUGGUAUACUUCAAAUGUGUGAAAUUCGAAAGAAAGGAUAUCCAUUAAGAAUGCAAUUUGAUGAAUUUCUUGACAGAUACAAUGCUCUCGUUCUAUGUGUAUUACCAACUACUGCCAAUGAUCGGUCAAAAGAGUUAUCAUUAUCAUCAACAACAUACAAUCGUGAUCGAUCCGUUGAAUGUUUAAAACGGGCUGGAAUUGAUGAUUAUAAAGUUGGUCGUACAAAAUUAUUAUUUCGUUAUUGGCAUUCUGAUCAACUUCAUAAUUUAGCUGUACAAUAUGAGAAAAAAGUUAAUGUUUGUCAGAAAGUCUUACGUGGUUGGUUAGCUCGACGUAAAUUUGCUCGUCUUCGUGAAGUUCAUCAAUUACAAUUAGUAUUUAUACGUAAAUUUUGUGAUGAUAUUGCUUUAAUCGGUCAAUUAUAUAAAACAAAAAUGGAUAAUUAUUGUCAAUAUGAUCAAAAACGUAAAACAAAACAAAGUUCACAACAAAAAACUGAAGAAGAUGAUGAACAAAUUGCUAAAACAAUGAACUUUUUUGAUUCAAUACUUGAUCAAUAUCUUAGUGAUCAUGAUACACUUGAUGAAAAUAAAAGUCGACGCGCACCAAAUCCAGUUCCAAAUAAUCCUCAUGCAAAACCUCCAACUCAUAUUGUUGCAAAUGGAACUGAACCAGUUAAACAAGAAUUUGAUACUAAUAUAUCAACUAUAACAAAUGCAUCUUCAACUUCAUCAACAUCUUCUCAAAAAAUUCCUCAACGUCCAGUAGAUUUACAUGCUUCACAUUUUCAUCAAUUUCAAAAUAUUCGUUGUCGUUUUGAACAAAUGACAUCAGGCGUAAAUAGUUCUCCAACAAAUAAUGUUCGUCGUUAUACAUCGGAAAAUAAUCUUAACGAUAUAAGUUCAUCAUCUAAACAACCUUUACAUCAAAAAAAUCAACGUCCACCUGCUGUACAAACAACAGCAACAUCAACAGAAGAUUUAACAAAUAUUCCUGCAUGGAAAAAAUUAUCCCCUCAAGCACGUCUUUCAGCUUUACUUGAUAAAACAAAUCAUGCACCAGCAUUAACAUCAAAUGGUGCAAGUGCUAGUUUAAUUGAUUUAACUUCAAUUGAUAAAGUACCAAAAAAUAAACAAAUUCAACCACCACCAUUAUCACGACCACGUUUUCGUUUUGUUCCACCAUCAGAUAAAAAUUCCGUAUUAAAAGAAGAACCUGAACCAGAACUUGAACAACAUUUAACACCAUCAAAUCAAAAUUUUGAUAGUUUCGAAACAAAAUCACCUUCACCAAAUCGUACACCAACAAAUGUUAAUCAACCACCACCACCACAGCAACAACAACAACAAAAACAACAACCAUCAUCUUCAUCAUCAUCAGGACCAAAACAACAAAAUGGUGUUAUUAAACCAUCUGCUAUUCAUCCAUCUCAAAUAACACGUUCAACAUUAUUUACACAACCAGAUCUGACUAUCUAUAAUCAAAAUGGUAAUAGUGCAUUUAAACCACAUGUAUCUCAACAACCAAGUAGUCAUGGUAAAUCACCUACAUUAUCACCAUCGAAUCAAUCAAGUGGAAAUACUUUAUUACGUCCUAAUGCACCAACACAAAAUCAAAAUUCAAAUCAUUCAAGUGGUGCAACAAAUGGUAAUAAUAGUCUUAAUAAAUCUCAACAGCCACCACCGGUGCCUAAUAUAAAACGAACAGAAUCUGCACAUAAACCAGGUGUACAUGUUGGUAUAACAAAUCCAAAUGGUUCAACAUGUGGAAAUCCUUUACUUCGUCAACGUCAACAAACAACAGUACCACAAUUUCAUCAAUCUAUGCUUAAUUUAUCAUCAAUAGAUACAUCGGAAACAACAAAUGGGGUUCAAACAACAACUGCAAUGUUUGGAUCACGUACAUCACUUUUACAAACAUCGACAAAUUUUGUAAAACAUCCAGCUUAUACUCAACAACAACAACAGCAACAACAAGCUAAACCUAAUGGACAUCAUCAUAAUCAUCAUCACCAUCAUCAUCAUCAUGCUCCACCUCCUGCUCCUCCUCCACCACCUCCUCCUCCUCAAUCAACAUCAUCAUCAGCAGCAGCAGCUCGACCUGCUCCCGCUAUUCUUGAAGAUCCUAUUAUACGAUGGAUUCAACAAGUUAAUGAUAGUAGUAGUAUAAAUGGUUUAUCACCAGAUGGAGGAGGAUCCCGUAAUAAACCACAAACCUAUCCUUACGGUUCGUAUAUUGCAUCAGGUUCUUCUGGUCUUACACCAGCAAUGAAUGAUACCGAUCAUCCAAAUCGUCAACAAGCUCAACAAUCUUAUUUAAAUCAAGUAAAUGUUCAUAAACAUCAUACACCACAGCAUACCGUACCUGUUCAAUCUGCUUAUUUUACAACAUCACCACUGUCAAGAAAUGGUUUAUCAUCAGUAUCAUCUGCUAAUAUUUACCAUUUUAGUCAUCAGCAUUCUCAACAAAUUUCAUUAACUACUGGAGGAGGAGGACAAACACGAUCUCACCCACAUCGUCAAAAUAUGACUGUAACAACUUAUCUUUAA